GAUGACUAACUGGUGAAAUACGGAUUGUGAUCUCAACAAUGGGAACCCAUCUCAGCUGUUCUCUGGAGCUGUCAAUUUCAUUUUGAAACCAAAAUGUCAUAUUUGACUGAACAAAUGAGCACCCAGCCUCCUGUUGGCAUGACUACCGUCAUUGUGGACUCCAACCGCUCAAUCUUACCAAGUGGCUUAAAUCCCCAGGUGAUGGGUUUCAUCCUGAGCGUCGCCGCCUGCCUCAUCAUCUCCACCAACCUGCUGGUAGCAGCUGCUUUGCUGAAGCUUCUCCUCAAGAGGAAAAGCCAGAGCUGGUGCUUUGUUCUCAACUUGUCUUUGGCUGAUAUCACGGUGGGCGUGGCCAUCACUGGCUUGGCCACAGAGGACUUUGGCAGCAGGGUCAGUCAGAGUAACAUCACGGCUGGACCUCUCACGAAUGCAAUGCAAACUCUUGGGUUUCCGGGCAGGACGAGAUGUUUGCUGCGCAUGGCUUGUUUGACGUCGACCUGCAUGGCAUCGAUCUUGUCCAUGUUCCUGAUCACGCUUGACCGCUAUGUGGCCAUCAAGAUGCCUCUGCGUUACUCACUGCUGUCCGGGAAGGGGACAGUGGCCGGGUCACUGCUGGUUCUGUGGGUCACCUCUUUCACUACGGGAUUUUUGCCAGUCAUGGUGCGGCGGCUGCAGACGAGGGACGCCUACGACGGCUUCUGUGCCUUCUUCUCCAUCAUGGACAACAUAAGCAACAUCGUGUUGUACAGCACGCUCUUCUUCCCUGUGCUGUCUUUGUUCAUCUACAUGUACCUGGACAUCCUGAAGAUCGCCUGCAGCCACCACAAGAAGAUCAGUCAAGUCAGACAAGCGAGCUUGAGGAACGCAGACCUGGAGCACGGCCACCAGCACUACCCGGAUCACUCGCAGCAUCACCUGCAGCUGAGGAACGGCUACUGGGCUCACGUUAAGGCCCUGAGGACGGUGGCGGUGCUUGUGGGCUGCUUCCUGUUGCUCUGGUCCCCCUUCUUCGUGGUGUGCAUUGUGCACAUCCUGUGCAAGAGCUGUCGACUCAAAGAGGUCCUGGAGAAUUAUCUAUGGCUGCUGGGGCUCUCCAACUCACUCAUCAACCCUCUAGUUUACGCCUUCUGGCAGAGGGAGGUGCGGCUGCAGCUCGGGACCAUGUUUUCAUGUGUUACUGGCACGUCAUCGGCUGCUGCGCCGCCGGGUGUUGCAGAGCGAUGCCAACCACCUGCGCAGACUCAAGCCUGUGUUUCGGGAGUUGUUAAUUUCGAGGGUCAGAUGGUGCCGCUGUCUGCCACGACAAGUGUCUGAAUGAAAAUAAUAAAUGAGGCAAACAGCACAAAAUAAAUCUGACAUGUGAAGGAAUCUUUAAUGACAAAUCAAACGGCGCCCAGCGGUGGAUUGCCGGAAGACUGCCCCCCCUAUCUUUUUCCUGAACACAGUCGGGUUAAACUCUAACAGUCAGAAGAAAGCGACAGGAUAAUCUGGAUAUGUGUUCUGCACUUCCUCAUGAACCAGACCGGGUCAGAGGUCAGUGGCAGUGGGAGACAGGAAGUCCAGUGAUGCCGUGGUAAAUCCAUGGGGACUCAGGGUCUGGCAGUGUGGAGUCCCAAACUUUCUGAGACCUUUGUGCACACUUACCGGAAGCCUGGCGGUCCACAGAGAUUUUCAGAAGUGGAUGGGAUGGGAAGUCUGACAUGACACAGGGAUUACGAGAAAUUAACAUAAACCAAACCAAAUAAAAAAAACUGAUUUUUGCUGAAGAA